AUGGAACUAUACAGCGACAUUGUAUCGCCACCGUGCCAGAAUGUUUUGCUUGUGGCGAAAAAGUUGGGCAUUUCUCUGAAGCUGAAGAAGGUAGACUUCAAUGAUCCGGCCGAUGUGGCCGCUCUGACAAAGCUCAAUCCUCAACAUACGAUCCCAACGCUCGUCGACGAUGGGCACGUUAUCUGGGAAUCGUUCGCCAUUAUGAUGUAUCUGGUGGAGAAGUAUGCCACGGACGACACGCUCUACCCAAAGGACACGAAGGUGCGCUCCGUCGUCAACCAGCGGAUGUUUUUCGACAUCGGCACGCUGUACAAAAACGUGCUCGCCAACCUCGAAGCUGCCUUGGGCGGCAAAGAACCGACCGACGAGAUGCGCGAGAAGCUCCGGAAGGCGCUCGAUCUUGUGGAGCGAUUUGUGACGGAACGACCGUACGCGGCGGCCGAUCAUUUAACCAUUGCCGAUGCGUGUAUGCUCAGCAGCAUCAAUGCUCUCGGGUGGUUCAAGUACGGCCUGGAAGCCUAUCCAGGCAUCAGGGCAUGGGUGGCCAGGGUUUCCGGCGAAUUUCCGGACUACGAUGCCUUCUACAAGGAAAUGCGCGAGAAGACUGAUCAGUACAUCGAGAAUGCCAAUUCUUCCAAUUAA